UUGCGGUCUUUUUUGCUUUUCGUGCUUCGUAGUGAAAUGAAUAUUGUACAGUGGCGUGCAGUGUAGGCAAAUCGAAUGGGAAUGGGGAUGGUAGCGACAGGGCACCGUCACCUCUCGUGCAAGCCGUACAGGCCACAGCGAACCAACUACUAAGCAAUAACCAAUAACCACUACUUCUGAGUACAUGUAUUUUGCAUAGCACUGCCGCCUGCCGGGAAGAUUGUUAUGAGUUAUGAUUUAUAUUUUAUGAUGAAAUGCGAUUUAGACAUGCAGUCAGCAGUAUGCUCUACAGUAGUAAUUGAAGCCUAGCGAGCAACAUGUGCUUUACGGCAAUUUUAUUUAGGCAAUUAAUUCAGAGAUAAUAUCGCUUGGCACGUUUUCUAUAGAUAUUCGAACAGUUGAUCAGUGUCAAGUGUCAAUCGAUCCGUUAGAAGGACAAAUUACAAAAACCAUGGAACACGACCAAGACGUAAAAACAAAUGGACAUUUGGCAAACGGAUAUGAUAAAAUGGAAAAAUCAGCUACAACCGAUGAAGUUAGUCCUGAUUUGAAUGGUUGUGAUACUGGCGCAAUAUUUUAUAUGGAAGAUGAGGAUCACCAAUCUGUAUUAUUAAAUUCACUUAAUAUGAUGCGAAAAAGUCGGACAUUUUGCGAUGUUAUUUUAAAUGUGGGCAAUUGCGAGUUAUAUGGUCACCGUGCUGUGUUGGCCAGCUCGAGUCGAUAUUUGAUGGAGAUGUUUAGCGCCGACUAUGAAGAGAAGAAAGGCUCUCAGCGAGAAGCAAUAACUACGUACACGUUGAAUGCCACUGGACCACUCAAUGACAGAACUGCUGUUGAGAAGCUCGUCGAAUACACCUACACAUCUCGAUUGGAAGCAAAUGUAUGUCAAGUGAAAUCAAUAUUCCAGGCGGCUUGCUACUUAAAAAUGGACCGUAUUACAAAAGAAUUAGGUCGUUUUAUGUUGAAAAAUUUAAGUGUAGACAAUUGCAUAGAGAUUCGUUCUUUGCCGUGUAUAUCAACAAGCAUAUCCUUUAUAAGUCAAGUCAAUUCAUUUAUAAUGGCACACAUGAAAGAGGUAGCUGAGACAUCAGCUUUUUUAUCACUACCGUGUGUACGAAUUGAAAUUCUGAGCCAAACAAAACAGGAAAUGUCUCUCAGUACAGGCGAUUCUAUAUCUGAAUUAGUAUUGGAUUGGAUUAAACGUUGUUAUGAUGAGAAUGAACCUACAAUAUUUCUCAAUACACUAAUGGAAAAAACAUACAUGUUGUACUUGGCUUUGGAUAAUAUAUUACAGGAUUGUUCUGAAUUACCAUCUGGAGAGUUAAGUGAUACUGAAAUUGUUCAAGACUACAAAAAAAUGUCUAUGAAAUCAACAUCGAUUCCUAAGGCUAGACGUAAAGGACAGAUUCAGCCAGCUAAAUCAAGAGUUUUAAUAUGUAACCGGGAAAUACACGAAAGAAGAGAUAGUAUAGUAGAAAGCGACUGGACAAUAAUUGGCGUCACCUGUGUUGGAGAACAUACAUUUUCUGCUUUGGGAUCACUAAAAGGCCAAUUAUGUUCAUUGAGCAUCAAGUUGAAAUUGAAUGUUUCCUCACUAUCAAGCCCACCUUCUACUCAGCCAUCUCCCCUGAAUAGUCGAGCCGAAUCUCAAGAGUCUUUACCUGACCUUUAUUGUGCUUUAGCACAUAUGACGUCUGGAAAAUGUGCUGUGGGUUGUGCCAAUUUUAAUAACAAUUUGUUGGUGUGUGGAGGAUAUGACCGAACGGAAUGUAUAAAGAGUGUUGAAUCAUAUGACCCAGAGCAAAAUAUAUGGGAAACGUUUGCGCCUAUGUGUGAAGCUCGAGGACGUUUUGAUGUAGCAGUGUUUAAUAAUAAAGUGUAUGCAAUUGGUGGCUGCAAUGGAACAACUGAAUUGGCUACUGUUGAGUGUUAUGAUUUGAAAAAUAAAAAAUGGACUCCUGUGACAUCGUUACCUCUUGCUCGAUCAAAUACAGGCGUUUGUGAAUUAAAUGGAAAAAUAUAUUGUAUUGGUGGAUGGAAUGGUCAAGUUGGAAUAAAACAAUGUGAUGUUUAUGAUCCUGAUACAAAUCAGUGGACUAGUAUUGCUUCAUUGCAAACUGGAAGGAACCAAGCUGGUGUUUGUGCUAUGAAUGGUAAAGUUUAUGUUGUGGGAGGAUGUGAUACAUGGAAUUGUUUGAAUACGGUAGAAUGCUACGAUCCAGAAACCAAUUCAUGGUCAUUUAUUAAACCUAUCAUAACACCUAGGCGUGGUUGUGGACUUGCCCACUUUAAUGGUAAGCUGUACGUAGUGGGUGGCUCAGAUGGAACUCAAUCAUUAACUACAACAGAAGUUUAUGACACAGAAGAAAGAAUUUGGAGUCCUGGCCCAAAUAUGACUACACCUCGUGCUAACGUUGGAGUGGCUGUUAUUGGAAACAGAUUAUAUGCUGUUGGAGGAUUUUCUGGUAAAAAAUUUUUGAACAGUAUCGAGUUUUUGGAUGAAACUAUGGAUGAAUGGACACAGUUUAGUCCGAGACACAAUAAUGGUUCCCUAUCAUCAUCACCGCUAUCUACGAAUAACGAUCCUAUCUAUAAUUUUAAUUGUGAUAUCCUUACCAGUCCUAUUAUAUAAAGUAAAUUAUAUUUUUUAAAAAUCAAUUUUUAUGUACCUUAAAUUUGUUUUCAAAAUGUGUCAUUUCAAUGUCGAAUAAAUAUUGUACAUUUAACUUAUUUUUGGGUAUUCAGAUUCAAAAAUAAUUAUUGCCGACCAAUUAUUAUAAUAAUAUUUAAAUUUACUCUUUUCUACUAAAAGAAACUAUUUUCUUGUACUAUUUUUUAGACACAAAUUUAUGGGUAAUUUUUACUGUAAUAUUUUUUUUUCUAAGUGAACCAACAAAUGUCAUAAAUGUGUUACUAGUAAAUGAUGAUUUUUUUUUUGUUAUGUGCAAAAACUAAUAAUAUUAGUUGUACAAAUUACAUUUUUAAGUAAUGAUUCAUUAUUAAUUGGAUGAAUUUAUUUAAUUUGUGAUACAUUUUUAAGUUUUCUUAUUUGCUAAAAUUAGUUAUUCCUUUUUAGAAGAUUAAUAAAAUAUAUAAUAUUCUGGGGGUCUAUAGACAUAUUGUGAUAAAUAAAUAAUAUUAUUAUUACUAUAAUAAUAUAUAAAAUUUAAAUCUCAGUUAGCAUUGCUGUUUGCAAGUUGUUUAUAGUUUUUAAGGAAACAUAAUAAAUUAAAGCCAGUUUACUUUAAUACAUUAUUAGUAUAAUUUGCACUUCAGUUUGGGCUUAUAGUUUCUUUAUUCUCUCACGAUUUAUUGUAAUGUUCGAACUGUUGUUACAUACCUACUAUAAAAUGCAUUU